GACUCGGGUUUACUGGAGGUUAUAUCCCCUCCCGCUUCCUAUUACCCAAAUAUGUCGUCCAUAAGGCAGACAUUAGGCGAUCCCAUCGAUAGAGUCCGCUGGAGGUCCAAACAAAACCUCGAUUUUGGGUAUCUAAUGAUGUAUUGCCAGCCAAAGGGUACAUAUUAUGUGCAAUUAGAGGACGACAUACUCACAAAACCGGCGUAUUUAACAAAAAUGAAAAACUUUGCCGUAAAGGCAUCGCUUCAGAAGAAGGAAUGGCUUAUUCUGGACUUCUGCAAAAUGUUUAAAUCUGUAGACCUAUCGAUGUUUAUAAUAUUUUUCGUCAUCUUUCAUAACGACAAACCCGUGGACUGGCUGUUGGAGCACUUAAUACAAACCAAAUUGUGUCGAUUCGACAGAGAUCUCAAAGACUGUAAGAAACAGAAGGACUUGGUUUGGCUGCACCACAAGCCCUCCCUAUUCCAGCACAUCGGCACCCAUUCCAGUCUUAAGGGCAAAGUCCAGAAACUAAGGGACAGAGGCUUUGGAAAGCUGUCCCUAUAUUAUGCACAUAAAGACAAUCCGAUGGCUAUUGUCUCGACCACUUUGAAGCACUAUAAGAGUCACUCAAUAGAGCGCGAAUGUUAA